AUGCCUGCCGCCAUGAAACAACAGCUGCCCAAAGAUGCUUGGACUCCAUCUUCAUGGACAACAAAACCCAUCAAGCAAGAGGUGGUGUACGAAGAUAAGGAAGGCUUGAAAAAGGCCCUGAUUGAGCUUCAGUGUCUACCUCCAUUGGUGACUCCCCAGGAGAUUGUUGAGUUGAAACAAUGCCUGAGAAAAGUAGCCCUUGGGAGGGCUUUUGUUCUUCAGGGGGGCGAUUGUGCGGAACUCUUUGAUUACUGCAAUCAAGCAACAAUUGAGUCGAAGAUCAAAUUGCUUUUGCAGAUGAGUUUGAUUUUGAUCUGGGGUGCAAAUAAACCAGUAGUAAGAAUUGCUCGGAUGGCUGGUCAAUUCGCCAAGCCUCGUUCAAGCACGACUGAAACCGUCAACGGCGUGACCAUGCCUGCAUUCCGUGGUGACAAUAUCAAUGGCUUUAAAGCGGAUCCCGUUUCCCGGAAACCUGAUCCAUCACGCCUAGUUUCUGCGUACUUCCAUUCCGCCGCAACUCUAAAUUAUCUAAGAGCAGCUCUUUCAUCCGGUCUAGCUGAUCUACACUCUCCACUGGACUGGGGACUUGGUCACGUAAUUACGCCGUCGAUAAAAGACAAAUAUGAACAAAUCGUAUCCAGAGUAACAGACUCGCUGCGUUUCAUGAGAACCGUAGGUCUCGACACAGACCGCGGAAUCGAGACCGUGGACAUCUAUACCAGCCACGAAGGCUUAAUGCUGGAAUAUGAGCAGAGUCUCACCAGACUCUGCCGUGAUCCUCCAGAGCCAGGAUCGAAACACACCCUCCCAAUAGGAGGAACCAUUCCCUCCUCCCCCUUCCCAUCAAACAGCCACUACGCGACCUCAGCCCAUUUCCUCUGGAUAGGCGAUCGCACACGCCAACCCGACGGUGCCCAUGUAGAAUUUUUCCGCGGUCUCUCCAACCCCAUCGGCAUCAAAAUCGGCCCAUCAAUGGACCCAGACGAACUCAUCGAGCUCCUCAACAUCGUCAACCCAGACAAGGAAAUUGGCAAAGUAACCCUGAUAUCACGCUACGGCGCAUCGAAAAUCGCCACGUACCUACCUGGACACAUCAAGGCGGUACAGUCCUCGGGUCAUAUGCCUGUCUGGCAAUGCGAUCCCAUGCACGGCAACACACUCACCACGCCGUCGGGUCUCAAAACUCGCCAUUUCAAAGAUAUCUUGUCUGAACUGCGGCAGGCGUUAGAGAUCCAUCGCGCACAGGGCUCGUUUCUGGGCGGUAUGCACCUGGAGCUGACUGGUGAGGCGGUGACGGAGUGUGUCGGUGGUGCGGCGGGCCUGACGGAGGAUGGGUUGCGUGAGCGUUAUACCACUUUCUGCGACCCGAGACUGAAUGAGAAGCAAGCGCUGGAGUUGGCGUUUUUGGUGGCGGGGUUCUAUCGGGACCGGAUGGCCGAGGAUGGUGAUUUGAAUGCGAUGUGAUGAUAC